AUGAGUAAACGAGUAAAAGUCUGCUGUGUACCAGGAUGCAUGAAUAAGCAAGCGAAAAGACAUUCCAUUCCUACGAAUGAAGACGUUUCCAGAAUUUGGUUGCAAAGAAUAAAUAACCCCAAAUUAAUGCUUGCAGAUACCGUAUUAUCAUCACAUAGAAUAUGUGGUAUUUAUUUUGAACCAAUUUGUAGAAACCUCAAUGGCAGGUUACCUCUACAUUUACCUGGUGAUACUUUAUUUGUGGCGGGAUGUGGAAGAUUCUUCGAAGGAACUGCAGAACAAAUGUAUUCGGCAUUGAUAGAAAAAUUGGGAAAUCUUCCAGACAAUACCAGAGUAUUUUGUGGCCAUGAAUAUACCAUACAGAAUUUAAAAUUCGCUAGAUUUAUAGACAAGCAAAAUCCUGAAAUAUUAAAGAAAAUGUCCUGGGCUGACGAACAGAGGAAAAAAGGUUUACCAACAGUAAGGGAAACAUACUUUGAAUUACUUUUUAACUAA